CAACUCGAUGAGCUACUUCUGAUUACCACGCAACUCGAAUUGAGCCGCGUGAUUACGAACCCAAAGCACCCCAGGGGGGAUAUAGGCCUUGCUCCUAUGUUUUCUGCUGCUCAGAAUCGAUAUUUUGCCCCUGAUUCACCCAUGUGGUUAUCUACAAUCGCCCUGACGACCCACUACCUACAGGAGUAGCGCAAUAGCGUGUUCUGGCAGUCGCGGCAUCCCCACUCAAGAUGGGAGAUCGCGAGAUUCUCGAGGUGACCCGGCGCGAAUCACCUUUAAAUAUGGAUAAUGGUUCUAGUGAGCCUCGGAAGUCGCCGCCUCACGCGCCGACGAAGAAGAAGUCCCGGUCGAGUCGCGACGCCGCUGCUAUCAAGCGACGAUGCGUGAGCACGGCCUGCAUUGCCUGUCGCCGGAGGAAGUCAAAGUGCGAUGGCAAUACGCCGUCGUGCGCUGCCUGCUCGAGCGUCUAUGGCACUGAAUGCGUGUACGACCCAAAUAGCGACCAUCGACGUAAGGGAGUGUAUAAGGAGAAGGCCGACACGCUGAAAGCGCGCGAGUCGACAUUGCAGACGAUCGUGCAAGCGAUACUGAAUUCCUCCGAAGACAAUGUUUCGGCUUUGGUUCGACAGAUACGCACCUGCGACAACCUAGACGAUGUCGCAGACACCAUCGCCCGAAAGGAGAACUCCGAUGCAAAGGCGGAGGAUGAGGACGAUGAUGAUAUCAUAAUUGGUGCAUACUCGCAAACCGUCGCACCGACCUUUGAAAACGAACUUUCGGGGAAAAUGGGCGAAUUGAGGAUCGAGAAUGGGUCGGUGCGGUUCAUUGGCGGCACGUCGAACUUGAUAUAUCUCUCGCCAGAGGAUGAUGAGGAGGAUAGCUCGGACGCGCUACAGCAACAAGAUGCGCCAUUAUUAAGCUGGACAACUGUUACGACGGACGCUGAGCUCAUACUACAUUUGCUAAAUAUGUACCUGAGCUGGCACUAUCCAUAUUUCACGACAUUAUCGAAGAGCCUCUUCCUACGAGACUUCCUCCUGGGAAAACCGCCCGGGAAUCCCAAGCGGACAUUAUACUGCUCGGCAUUGCUAGUCAACGCAAUGUUGGCACUGGGGUGUCACUUCACAAAUUCGCCGGCGGGCUGUGCGGAUCCGGAUGACCCCUCUACGAAAGGAGACGCAUUCUUCCAAGAAGCCAAGCGCUUAUUUGUUGAGAAUGAUGAAUAUGAGAAGCCACGAUUAACGACUGUACAAGCCUUAGCAUUAAUGUCCCUCAGGGAAGCCGGCUGCGGGCGCGAAGCAAAGGGCUGGGUAUACAGCGGAAUGAGCUUCCGGAUGGCGUUGGAUAUGGGUCUAAACCUGGAUUCCGGCGGAAUGGCUAGCAGCAAGGAGCCAAUGGACGAGAAAGAAAUCGAUGCACGAAGAGUAACAUUCUGGGGCUGCUAUUUGUUCGACAAAUGCUGGUCCAACUACCUUGGACGCAUGCCCCAGUUGCCGACGUCAAAUAUAACUGCUCCAAAGUACGACGUCUUCCCAGAUGAGGACAGUGACACUUGGUCGCCAUACACCGAUACUGGGGUUAGUCAGUUGCAUUCGCAGCCAUCGCGCACAAGAGCAAUUGCAUUGCAAAUAUCAGCUUUGUGCGAGAUCAGUAGCGACCUACUAAUAUUUUUCUAUCAUCCCCAAACGCUGGAGCGGUCUAUGGGGAAGCAGACCGAGCUCAAGAAGUUGAGUGAGCUGCAUACUCGUCUUGAGGCAUGGCGCAAGGAGCUGCCCAAGGAGUUCGAGUCAAAAGAGGGGCAACUCCCUAAUGUUUUACUUAUGCACAUGUUUUUCCAUCUCCUGUACAUCCAUCUUUUCCGCCCGUUCCUAAAAUACAACCCAUCGACCUCUCCUCUUCCCAGCCACGUCUCGCCCCGGAAAUUCUGUACUUCGGCUGCCUCCGCCAUCUCCAAACUCAUGCGUCUAUACAAGCGCACCUAUGGGCUACGCCAAAUUUGCAACAUCGCCGUCUAUAUGGUCCACUCAGCUUGCACCAUCCACCUACUCAAUUUACCGGAUAAAGCUGCCAAGCGCGAUAUCAUCCAUGGCACCAAGCACCUCGAAGAGAUCGCAGAGGACUGGCUUUGCGCCCGCCGCACCCUAAGCAUCAUAAGCGUACUGGCACGCAAAUGGAAGAUUGAGCUCCCAGAAGAAGCGCGCGACGUCCUCCAUCGCACCGACGCCAAAUAUGGCAAAUUCUCCCCCACCGACGUCCCCAGUCCCAAAUCCGAGGUCUCACAGCACCCGAGCCCAUCUAACCUAGGCUCGCCGCCGGGCUACGGCUCCCCCGAGGCGCCCAAAGCCACAAAGUCCGUAUCAGUGCCGCCGCCGAACCCGCCAGGCAGCGCGCAUAAUAACGUGUACACGACCUUAGCGCCCUUCGUGCCCGUAUCGGCCGCAGGGGAAGAGGUAGGCGCUCAGAUCCCAAUGUCUCUCGCAGAUGACUCUGGGUUGAACAUGACAGCGCCAUACCUGCGAAGCGCCGCAGCAGGGCUCUUCAACGUCGUCCCUCCCAAUAUAGGCAGCAGCCCACGCACGUCGCAGCCAGGACAGGCUGCGCUGCGACAGGCGAUGGCGGGUCCAUCGCAAGGGAGGCAGGUUAGUCCAACGACGUUGUUUGGGGGACAGGGAACGAUGGGUGAGGGUCAGGAUUGGUGGCUACGCGAUCAGGCGAGCCUGGCGGUCGGGUUUGAUAAUUGGGAGGACUUGGGCGGUGUGGGUGGAGAGGGGGGUUUCUUCAUUAAUGAUGCAUCAGCUUUGGACGAUAGUCCAAGAAUGGGGGGCUCUGGCAGCCAGGAGGACUGGUAUAAUUAGGCUUGCACAAAAGGGAUAUGGUGGAUGGGGGCGUUGGAGGGUUUAGUUGCGAAUAGUCUGAUCGCCUAGGAAUGCUGGGCAGUGGGGUUUAAUAAGGGAAGGCGUUAUGGUCUAACAAUGUCGGUAUAUAUCACUCUCAACUCUCGUCUUUAGCCUAUUACUUCUUAGAAAGUAGUUUUUGGGCAUUUGGGUGGGGUCUGUGCAAAAUAGAAACCACAUCGAUUUGCAGUCAUCUCGUCUUCGGCGUUUUAGUUUUAUUGUCACAAAACGAGGAUAAAUUUAAUAUACCCAGGAUAAUUAUUUGCUUCAACCGACAAUAGAUUAUCAACCACAAAAGCAAACUUAUAGUCUAUAGUCUAUACCGACUAUAAGCUAUCAUCAUUCAUCAUUG